AUGCCACCCCUUCCAAACGCAGUCACAGCUUCCGAGCUCCAAACUCUCUCAUCACGCGCUAUCUCCGCCAAAGAAGCCGCCUACUGUACUCCCCUCCUCCCAGCUCCGCCUAUCCCCGCGUGCGGGGGAGACCGACUUCUCCUCCGCCUCAAGCUGAGCCCAUACUCCAAGUUCCGUGUCGGGGCAUGUAUCAUCACUAACGCGGGCGAGUACAUCGUCGGCGCGAACGUUGAGAAUGUCGCAUAUCCGGUUGGAACGUGUGCGGAGCGAGUUGCUUUUGCCACUGCUAUAGUCGCCGGACACAAGGAUUUCAAGGCUAUUGCAGUUGCGACGGAUAUCAAGCCCGGUGCGUCGCCCUGUGGGAUGUGUCGGCAGUAUAUGCGCGAGUUCACGACGCCCUCGUUCCCGGUUUAUAUGUAUGAUGGCGAGGGGAACUACACUGUUAAGACUAUGGGCGAGUUACUCCCUGAUUCUUUCGGCCCGGCAGAUCUGCCGAAGUAA